GAUCCAUCAUUGUCAUUGGAUUAUGACUUUGCUUAAGUCAUAUCGUAAUAACAUAACAAAUUUAAAAGGUAAGAAAAUAUAUAUUAUAUUCGAUUUUAUGGUUGUUUAAAAAAUGUUAUCAAUAUCGUCUUUAUAUUCAGCUUUGUAUUUUAUUUUUCAUUUGUCUGCAUAUUUUAAAACGGUUUACUCUGAAAGAAAAAAAAAAAAGAGAGAAUGAAGAAGAUGAUCGGUGAACGUGAUGAUGCAGCACUCAAGAAAGUUGAAGAAACUAAGGAGGAAGAUCCGGUGGUGAUCACUGCCGCUCCAACUCCGGUGGAAGAAGCGGUCGUCGCUCCGGCGGUCGUCGCUCCAGUCAUCGCUCCAGUCGUCGCUCCAGUUCCGGUGCUCGCUCUCUUCGCUGUCGUUCCAGCUGACGUUUCGGCCCGCAUCGCUCCGGAUCCGUCGAGGAGGUAUGCGGCUGUCGAGGUUGAUCCGAUGAUCCUGGAGGCUGCGCGCGAAGAUCCUAUGGCUCUAGACUUACUUGAGGAAGUGAUUCAAAUGGCCAUUGACCAAGCCACCGAAUCGGCCAACCGCGGAGGCGGAGGCGGAAAGUGAUUACAUGGGCCUUUUCUGGGCUUCUUUUAACUGUUUUCAAUAAAUUUUGGACCCAUUUCUCAGGGCAUGUAUUAAAACGUAUGGGCUUUUUCUAAUCUUUCAUGUUUUAGACUUUUUAAAUAAUGGCUUUUAUUAUUAUCAAGUCAUUUCCCGAAAAUAAAUAUAUAGCACUCAGCAGUACCUAUGUUUAUUCUAUUAAUAACUGCGCAUUUCCAACGACGUGAAUUGUAUUAUCAUGU